AUCGAUACUUCCAAUAUGACCAUUGACACAGUCACAGUCAUCCCUGCAAACACGAGCAACCACCUCCGUGUGCUCCAAACAAGACAAUUGAUAGUUUACAUUAUGCAAAAUAACAAUGACAAGGCCACCAACCCUCUGAAUAAGUCAACUGACUGGGACUGUAUCCUCGGAUUUUGUGAUCAGCUUAACAAUGACCAAGAAGGUCCUCAGCUUGCCACCAGACUACUGGCCCACAAAAUCCAGUCUCCCCAAGAGUGGGAGGCUAUGCAGGCGCUUAUGGUUCUUGAGAUGUGCAUGAAAAACUGCGGGAAGCGAUUUCACACUGAAGUGGGAAAGUUUCGCUUUCUCAAUGAGCUCAUCAAGGUGGUCUCACCAAAGUAUUUGGGUACCCGAGCUCCAGAGACAGUCAAGAAGAAGGUGCUAGAAAUGGUGUACAGCUGGACAAUGAGCAUGCCAGAUGAGACCAAGAUAGCCGAAGCCUAUCAGAUGCUGAAAAAACAGGGCAUUGUCAAGCUGGAUCCUGUGCUUCCUGAGGACAAGCCCCUCCCACCACCUCCACCCAGAGCCCAAAGUGCCAUCUUCGAGGAUGAGGAGAAAUCCAAGAUGCUGUCUCGCUUAUUGAACAGCACUCACCCCGAAGAUUUAAGAGCAGCAAACAAGCUCAUUAAGGAAAUGGUCCAGGAGGACCAGAAACGUGUGGAGAAGGUAUCAAAGCGAGUAAAUGCCAUCCAGGAGGUGAAGGAAAGCGUCAGCCUGCUGAGCCAGCUGCUGGAGGGCUACAACAAGGAGAGCUGCUCCCAGAGCAACCAGGAGCUCAUUAAAGAUCUCUACCAGCGCUGUGAAAAGAUGAGACCGACACUAUUCCGACUAGCGAGUGAUACAGAGGACAGUGAUGAAGCCCUGGCGGAUAUCUUACAGGCCAACGACAGCCUGACGCAGGUCAUUAAUCUGUACAGACAGCUGGUAAAGGGAGAGGACGUGUCAAAAGACGACAUAACCACAUCUUCACACCCUGCCAGCAGUAGCUCAGCUCUUGUAGAUCUGAUGGGGCUGAACGCAUCAGCUAGCAUAGCAUCAGCCAACCCCGAGCCUUCCACCCUGCAGACCCUGACUCAGAACCUGGGCGUCAGCCUCCUGGAUGAUGAACUCAUGUCGCUGGGCCUGAAUGCGACGGAGAACUGUGACCUCCACAUCGCCCUUCAGGUGCAAUCCUCUGACGGCAAAGAAUCAUCUGCUACAUCGCUCCCUGCUGCAGUGUUGCUACCAGAUGUCCAAACAAUGCAGGCUCCACCAGUAGGGGGCCCCACUGCUCCAAGUAAACCCAUGGAAGAGUUGGAACUGUUGGGGAGGACGUUGUUACAGCAGUCUCUACCUCCAGAGAACCAACAGGUCAAAUGGGAUAAGCUACAACCUCAAUCCAGAGUCACCUUACGAGAUCUGCAGAAGUCCAGUGCCAGCUCUAGACCUGCUCCUAAUGCAACCACCGCUUCCUCUGGUCCUGCUGCUGCCCCUCCAGGUCCCAUGUCCACCCUGGAGAUUCAACCAGAGCAGCCUGACACUCUACUCCUCUCCAACCUCAGUCUCACAGCUGCUGAGAAAGGCUCACUCACUGUUGCUGAUCCCUACGACAACAUUUCUCUAGCUGAGGUUUCUGUGCAACUAGAGUCAGUCAAACCUGGCAGCUUAUUACCAGUUACUGUAUUCGACAAACACAGCCUCCGGGUUUUGUUCACCUUUGCCCAUGACUGUCCUCCCUCCCGGCCCGACGUGCUGGUGGUGAUCAUCUCCAUGCUGUCAUCCGCUCCCAUUCCCGUCACCAACAUCCGUUUUCAGGCAGCAGUACCAAAGGCUAUGAAGGUAAAGCUGCAGCCUCCCUCUAGCACGGAGCUCCCAUCUUUCAAUCCCAUCCUGCCUCCAGCGGCCAUAACACAGAUCCUUCUGUUGGCUAACCCUCAUAAGGAAAAAGUACGUUUACGGUACAAGCUGACCUUCAACCUGGGGGACAAAUCCCAUGAUGAAUCUGGAGAUGUGGACCAGUUCCCUCCUCCAAACACGUGGGGGAACCUUUAGUGGGAACGAUCAACCUGCUGUCAUCUGAUCUGCUGCUGCUUCCUUUAGAUUUUGGUUGAAGUUGUCCCUCGUCGCUGGCUUGAGGCUCGACACUCUCCCUCCUUUACUCAAACUCUGGUUUGAUCACACCAACUGACCAGGGACCAGUUGUGGGAACCAACUUCUAUCUUGUGCCUUCCUGUCCUUUUUCAAUCAUUUCUGUGUUUCUGUGUUUCUACUUUAUUUUUCUGCCUACAAUCAGUUCAACACAAACUUUAGGCAAACUGUCUAUAAAUCGAUCAGUACAGCGAGCUGUGGGGAGAAAGGUUGAGCCUUUUAAAAAUCGAAUGUGUGCAUUGUUUAUUUGAAGAUACGCUGGUGUCAAGCAUUUUUCUGUUUUUUUUAUACCAAACUUCUUAGAGUGUGAGUCAAACUAUUCCCACAUUCAGAGUUAAAGUUUAACAGCCAGGGAGCGAUCAGAGAUGAGGUGCAAAAUAUCUGUCAAUAAUUCAACAUAAGCUGUAAUCGCUUGAAGGGGUGUCUUGAAAUUGAUCACAAAUAUGACCAAUUACUAAAACAGCUGAUGGAUUCAAUUUAUGAUAUGGAAGAAUGAUGACUGAAAUUUGAAGAAUCAACUUGACAAAUUGGCUCAGUGUUGAAUAAGUUCUGUAAAUUUAAAUCAAUUUGCAUUAUGAUUAACUUUUGAGCAAGCUUCCUCCAUGUUACUCCAUGUUUUUUUUUGUCAGAUACAGAGAGGCACUAUGAAACUUCAUUGAAAUAAUGUUCCUUUUAUCCAACGGAGACAGUUCAGAGGAAGAAGAAUGAAAAUGUUCUAACUGGAAAACUACAGGAGAACCAAACUGGUUUGUCCUGGAAGCAUACACGAUGACUUGGUACGCUGUUUUUAAGUGUCGUCUGGGUUUUACAUAUUUGCGUCAUGCUUUGGAAAGAUAUAGUUGGGCAGUGUGAGUUUCUAAGCUGUGACAAAAUAUUUUUUUAUUUUCCACAGCACGUUUUGACUUCUUGAAAAGCACAUGUGUUACACAUAACAUGUAUGAUUACUCCCCUCUCUAAUGUAACAGUUGAGCCAGCACGAACCAUGAAUACAGGACCCUCAAACUGAUGCAGCUAAAUGGAAUCCAGCCAUCAUUCAUCGUGAACACCUGUGCUUCUCUUCACGUCAAAGUGUUCUGUGGAAAAUGACUCCUUUGAAGGAAGGGCACUGAAUCUCUGCCCUAGUUAAAAAAAUGAGAUGUAGUUUUUUUUAUUUCUGCACUUUUCUUUGUCUUAAAGAGAUUUGGACAUUUUGUAUAUUUGACCUUUUUUUUUUCACUCAGGAUUUUAAUUUUUAGAGUUAUACUACACAACUUACACGCACUUGUUUGAAUUGUGCACAUUCACUUUCUUUUUAUUCACUUUACGUUGUCUCUUUUUUCAUUUGCCACCUCUCCUCUGUUCAUCAUUCCAAAGAGUGACAUAUGAAGUCCUGAGGUGACACCGCUGGCAUCCAGUUUGAUUCUACCACAUGUGCCUGGGAUGAAACUUUAGAUAUUUUUGUUAUGUAUAUAUAUAUGUAUACAAAUGAUUUAUUUGAGCUUUGUUUCUGUUAUUCUAUGUUCAGUCCCUUUUCUGAAGGACUAAUUACACAACAUAUGGUGUCAAAGAGCCAUCCUAACAUCUGCGGUCAUUGGGUUGAUUGGAGCAUAAAUGUAUGGUGACUCCAAAGGAUCAGAAACACUAAAAUAAAACGUGAUUUGAGGAAGACUGGUAAUAUGUAGAGAGCUGAUGGAGCUUGGAUGGAAAAUUAUAAGAUACAUAAUAAGAUCCAGUUUAAUAACAGCAGGUGUUAAAUUAUAAAAGGUAAAUAGAACCACAUUAGUAGACAGUCAUCACAUAGUGUAGUAUGUUCUGUCAAUAUGCUUCUUUAUAAAACUGUAAACCAGCUGUUCCAUUGCCAUACAGAUGUGAGCUUGUCUUUAUUUACAGAUAGUUACACAAAUACCUUGUCCAAGACUGGAAGGACAAAAGCAAUAAACACGGAAAAGACAUCUUAGUAACCAUCUUACAAAUCGUCAUGGCUCAAGCAGAUUGUAGAUAUUUAUCAUUUUGCACUUCCAGCGUGAUGUGAUUGUAAACUAUGCAUUAACUUGGCUGUAAAAAGUUUGACCAACCCUU